AUGGUCAACGUAGCAGUUGCUGGAGGCACCGGAGGUGUUGGUCGCACCAUCAUCGACGCCUUAAAAAACGACCCGAAACACAAGGCCAUCAUUCUGUCGCGCACUGCAAACAAGCUAACCCCCUGCGUGCAGGUCCCCGAUGUGGACCUUGGCGCGCCCGUCAUCGCUGUCGAUUAUGACGAUGUGGACGCUCUUCAAGCUGUCCUAGAGAAGCACGAAAUCAACACGGUUAUCUCGGCACUCGCUCUCCACAUAAUUGGCGUGGGCGAGGCCCAGAUUAAUCUAAUCAAGGCCGCCGACAAGAGCGAGCCCACCAAGCGAUUCGUCACUAGCACCUGGGCAGUUCCGUUGGACAGGUGGUUUGAUCUUCUUCCCCACGGCUUCCAGCACGUGGCGUCGUACACAGAACUGGAUAAGACGCAGCUGGAAUGGACAGCCUUCAACGUUGGGUGGUUCCUCGAGUACUAUGCCAUGCCGCAUGUCGAAACAUACAUCCCACAGACCACGUUCGUGGUCGACAUGGCCAAUAGGCAUGCCUCGAUCCCUGGUGAUGGCAAGCAGAAAAUGUCAUUCACUUACACUAAAGACGUGGCCAAGUUUGUGGUUGCGGCGCUCGACCUCCCCAAGUGGGAACACGACACCUAUGCAAUUGGUGAAAAGCUCACGUGGGAGGAAUUUGUCAAGAUUGCUGAGGAAGCUCGAGGAGGGGAGAAGUUCACUGUCACCUAUGACAGCGUGGAGAAGCUCAAGGCCGGCAGCGUCACUGAACUUCCAGGCCAGGUUGCCGCAUACUCGUAUUUCCGCAAAGAAUGGGCGCAGCGACUCUUCUCAGCCUUUGGUAUCUGGGUGACUGAGAACAUCUUUGACUUUCCCGAUGAAAAGCUGCUGAACAAGAAGUUCCCUGACAUCAAGGUCACCACGGUCAAGGAAAUGCUGGAGAACGCAUGGAAGGGUAAAUAG